AUGGCUGGUGAAAAUGAAGGUAGUAGAGAAGGGACACUUGGUAAAAAUUUGACGAACGGAUUUACCAAGGGUCAACUGUCAUCAGAAUCAAAAAAAAAUACAAAAAAGUCGAAAGGCUCUUCCAAAAAAGGAAUCGAAACUGGGAAACGGAAUGGAUUCGUGAACUUUAUGGAUGAAGACGAAGAGCGAAGUGAAGAACAAUCUGAUACUUUUGCAGUUUCAAAAAGCGUUGACAAGCCUCCGAAGAAGAAAAGUUUGCUUGAACAAAGAAAACAAUUACCUAUCUGGGAGGCUAAGGAUGCCAUUUGUCAAAAAAUCCAAGACAAUCGUGUAAUUGUAGUCGUCGGUGAAACUGGUUCAGGUAAAUCCACUCAAAUUCCUCAGUUUCUUAAUGAAUGUGAAUACGCGAAAGAAGGAUGUGUGGGAAUUACGCAGCCCCGUAGGGUAGCCGCUGUAAAUUUGGCGAAACGUGUAGCCCAAGAGCAGAAUACUCGGCUGGGAGAUAAGGUUGGUUAUUCCAUUCGUUUUGAUGAUUCAACAAGUCCCAACACGAGAGCCAAGUAUCUGACCGAUGGCAUGCUGUUGAGAGAGCUAAUUAACGAUCCUCUUCUUUCGCAAUACCAUACGUUAAUUUUGGAUGAAGCACAUGAAAGAACUCUCAUGACUGACAUGCUUCUUGGUUUUGUAAAAAAGAUUAUAAAAAAGAGACCUGCUUUGCGUGUUAUCAUUAUGAGUGCUACGUUGAAUGCAGAAAGAUUUUCUGAGUUUUUUGAUGGCGCUGAAAUAUGUUUCAUUAGUGGUCGACAGUACCCCGUUCAAAUACAUUAUACAUAUGUUCCAGAACAAGAUUACAUGGACGCUUGCUUGCGUACCAUAUUUCAGUUGCACGUAAAACUGCCUCCUGGUGAUAUGCUCGUUUUCCUUACGGGUCAAGAUGAGAUUGAGGCAUUGGAAUCUUUAAUUACAGAUUAUGCGAAGCAAUUGCCUUCCAAUAAGCUGCAAAUACAAGCUUGCCCUCUUUUCGCUAGUUUACCACAAGAGCAGCAAAUGCUGGUUUUUCAGCCUACUAUUCCCAAUCAUCGUAAAAUCGUGUUGUCUACAAAUAUUGCAGAAACGUCUGUCACCAUCUCGGGAAUUCGGUAUGUUAUCGACACUGGUUUAGCCAAGGUGAAGCAAUUCAACGCCCGAUUAGGCUUGGAGAGCUUAACGGUACAGCCCAUUUCUCAGUCUGCCGCGAGACAACGUAGCGGCCGUGCUGGUCGUGAAGCACCGGGCCAGUGCUAUCGGUUGUAUACAGAGGCAGAUUUUGAUAAGCUUCCCAAAGAGUCUACGCCGGAAAUCAAGCGGAUAGAUCUUUCUCAAGCAGUAUUGACACUUAAAGCCCGAGGCCAGAAUGAUGUUAUUAAUUUUGAUUACAUGGAUCCUCCUUCCAAGCAAUCGCUUGUGCGUGCUUUGGAACACUUGUAUUCCAUUGGCGCAUUGGAUGAUAACGGAAAAAUCAAUGAAACGGGGUACCAAAUGUCGUUGAUUCCUUUGCUACCAUCGCUUGCUAGAGCUAUGCUAAGUGCCAGGGAGCAUAACUGCUUAAACGAGGUGAUUGACAUCGUGUCUUGUCUUUCAACAGACUCCAUGUUUCUCUUUCCUCAGGAGAAGAGGGAAGAGGCAGCUGAAGCCAAAACAAAAUUUUUGCAUAGUGAGGGAGAUCACCUUACAUGCUUAAAUGCGUUACGGGUAUAUCUCGAAACAAGCUCGGACAUGCGAAAACAUUGGUGCAACCAGAACUUUGUUAACCGCCGUGCAUUGAAGAUUAUAUUGGACAUUCGCAAACAGCUUCGAGAACAUUGUAAAAAAGCGAAUUGGGAUAUUAAUGAUAAUACUGAAGUCAACACUGAAAAUAUUCUUCGUUCUUUUCUUUCGGGUUACAUUUCUAGUACUGCUUUGCUUCAUCCCGAUGGUUCUUACAAGACUACUGUUGGCAAUCAAACUGUAUCUAUACAUCCUUCCUCUUCACUUUUUGGUAAGAAGGUGGAAGCGAUAAUGUACCAUGAAUCUGUUUUCACUACCAAACCGUACGUUCGGGGUGUCAGCAGCAUUCGGGGUAAUUGGUUAUCCGCUGUGGCUCCUCAUUACCUUGGCCGACAGCAGGUGUAA